UUUACUCAUCUUCCUAUCUAUGUCUUCUCAAAAACUCCAAGGAAAAGUCGCCUUCAUCACUGGGUCUGCGCGUAACAUGGGUGCAUCCUUUGCCUUAGCGCUUGCUAACCAAGGAGCAAGUGUUGUAAUCCAUCACCGUGGCAGUAGUCAGAAAGAAGCUGAAGCGUUGGCUGCAAAGAUCCAACAGCUGGGCGGUAAGACACUCAUCGUGACCGGUGAGCUUGCAAAUGUACAAACUAUCCGAGAUAUCUUUACCAAGAUCAAGCAGUCGCUUGGUCGACUUGACAUUGUCAUCAACAACGCCGGCGAGGUGUUGAAGAAGCCUUUCACUGACAUCUCUGAGGAAGAGUACGAUCGUCUUUUUGCUGUCAAUGCAAAGGCUCCUUUCUUCGUGAUGCAAGAAGCCUUGAAAAUUCUUGAGGAUAAUGGUCGCAUAAUCAAUGUCGGUACAACGCUUCUCGCUGUCACCACUGGAUUCUACUCCGCCUACGCAGGAAGCAAAGCUCCUUUGGAAGAUUUUACACGAGCUGCAGCACAGGAGGCAGGAUCUCGCGGUAUCACCGUGAACGUAGUAGCACCUGGUCCAAUCGAUACGCCGUUCUUCCACGGACAAGAAUCCAAGGAGUCAGUUGACUUCUUUACCAACGCAACUCCUCUCAAGCGUCUAGGGAAAGUCACUGAUGUUGUGCCUGUGGUUGAAUUCCUUUGCCUCCCUGAAUCGCAGUGGGUCACCGCUCAGACCAUCCUUAUCAACGGUGGUCUCAUUUCUCGCUAGAUGAAGUUCCACUGCGUAUACAGUAUAUGCUUAUAAUUAAAACUUCAUCUUCAAUUGACCAUCGCAGCAUCGUAAUAGUAGAUCAUAAAUUAAAAGAUCUUGUCAUGAUAAGUAGCCAGUUUCCUACUGAUGACUUUGAUAUAUCUUUCAGCUGUCUGAGCUUGCCGAAGCAUGUGAUCUGACAUUGAACAUUUAGUCCAUAUUG